AAAGGCAAGAGGCGGGGUUCACGCCCUGGAACGUCUCACGUGAGAGGCGAACGCGCCUUCCUUCAACCUCUUCUUUCCUGGCGGUAACACCGAGUGAACGUAGCUAAAUGCCUCGCGGAGGAAUGGAGGAUGAAUGGAGCUCAGAAGAUCAGGGCCAUGAGCCUAAGGAACCUGAACAGCUGAGGAAGCUGUUUAUUGGAGGCUUGAGCUUUGAAACAACAGAUGACAGCUUGAGGGAACACUUUGAACAAUGGGGAAAGCUAACAGAUUGUGUGGUAAUGAGAGAUCCACAGACAAAGCGCUCCAGGGGCUUUGGCUUUGUCACCUAUUCAUGUGUAGAAGAAGUAGAUGCUGCUAUGGCUGCUCGACCGCAUAAGGUUGAUGGUCGUGUGGUGGAGCCAAAAAGAGCAGUUUCCAGAGAAGAUUCAGUUAGGCCCGGUGCGCAUUUGACCGUGAAAAAGAUAUUUGUGGGUGGCAUUAAAGAAGACACAGAAGAAUACCAUUUGAAAGAUUACUUUGAGACUUACGGCAAGAUUGAAACCAUUGAAGUUAUGGAAGAUAGACAGAGUGGCAAGAAAAGGGGCUUUGCGUUUGUUACCUUUGAUGAUCAUGAUACCGUUGAUAAAAUUGUUGUUCAGAAAUACCACACAAUUAAUGGACACAAUUGUGAAGUGAAGAAGGCCCUUUCUAAACAAGAGAUGCAGGCCGCCAGCUCACAGAGAGGCCGUGGUGGCGGAGGAAGUAACUUCAUGGGCAGAGGUGGUGGAAAUUAUGGAGGCAGUGGUAACUUUGGCAGAGGGGGAUUUGGAAGCAGAGGUGGUUACGGUGGUGGUGGUAGAGGUGGUUACGGUGGUGGCGGUGAUGGAUACAAUGGCUUUGGCAGUGAUGGCGCUAGCUAUGGCGGCGGACCUGGCUAUGGUGGUAGAGGUUAUGGUGGCAGUCCAGGGUACGGAAGCCAGGGCAGUGGAUAUGGCAGUGGAAGUGGUGGCGGAUAUGAUGGCUACAAUGAAGGCGGAAACUUUGGAGGUGGAAGCUAUAAUGACUUUGGAAAUUAUGGUGGCCAGCAGCAGUCUAACUAUGGACCUAUGAAGGGUGGUGGAAGCUUCAGUGGAAGGAGCUCUGGAAGCAGCAGCGGCCCCUAUGGUGGUGGCUAUGGCUCUGGAGGUGGCAGUAGCUAUGGAAGCAGAAGGUUUUAGGACUCGCAACAGAGGCUACAGUUCUUAGCAAGAGAGCGAGGAGUUGUCAGGAAAGCUGCAGGUUACUUUGAGACAGUCGUCCAUGUGCAUUAGAGGAACUGUAAAAUCUACCACAGGAGGCGUGAUGAUCCAUAGUCAGAAAAGUUACCACAGCUUAUACAGGAGGCUUUUCUUGUUCAGAACUGUCAUAGCCACAGUUUGCAAAGAGUGCAGCUGAUAAUUAAUGCAAUGUAGUCAUGAUUUAGAUGUACAUUCCUGAGUUAUUUUUUUUUUUUUUCCCCCUUAUCUGUUGUAGUGUCUCCCAUUCUCCCAUUACAUCAGGUAUAUUGCCCUGUAAAUUUGUGCUCUUCGUAUCAGGAAUAAAGAAUUAAGGAAUUUUUAACUUUUAAACAAUUUGUGUAGUUCAGUGUUUCAACAAUUAAUCAGGGCUUAAGGUGUUGCUCAACCAAAAUAAACAUGCUUUUUUAUUUUAUUAAGUUGGAGUUAGUGUUGUAAGGUUUAUGAAACCGUGCUGUAUAUAAAGUUACAAGUAUCAGAUUUGUGAACUACAGUAGUAUCGCGCGUGUCAGUCAUCUAGGUCUGUAUGAAAUGAGUGCAUUGUGCCUUUUCGCUAUAGUGAAAGAUCAGUGUGUCAAUAGCUAUAUUAAAUGUUAAAACGAG